AUGGAGCCCACCACUUUCUUCAACGACAACGAUUUACUCGACAAUGAAAUCGGCCUAGCCACUAUAUCGCUGUUGAGAACCGGCUUCUGUCCAGAAGGGGCUCAGGCGCUCCCAUACCAGGCCAGGCUGGCGACUAUCAUAAAGGAUCUCAACGCCGGCCUACUCGCGCCCGUGCGCAGGCUCCCCACAGAGAUCCUUCAGCUCAUCUUCCUUGCCUUCGUCGAGAAAGAGGACUCGUAUGAUUGGGCACGCAUCCUCCGCGCCAAAAUCAUGCCCGUAUGCUUCACCUGGAGAGAGACCGCCAAGGGAUACCCGUACAUCUGGACGUACGUCGACAUCUCUCGACCUCCACUGCCAAUGACUCGGUGGUGGACUCAGCUCGAUCCCAAUCAGGUCGAGCGGCAGAUUGCCAGGACUGGCCAGUUGCCUCUGGGUAUACAAUACUGCUGCAACAGCCAGAUGGAACUGGACCCAAUCUUGGACCAAUGCGGGCCAAGGCUGCGGAGCUUCGCCUUUGGGGGGACGUGCCACGAACUCGUCGACCAGCGCCAGUUCGACCUGCCCAUCCUCACAUCUGUUGCCAUCGCCAUCAGCGGUCAGAUAUCCAAGCUCACUCUGUCCAUCAUCGCUGGAGCGCCAAACCUUCAGCAUCUGUCUUUGGUGCAAAGCCGGACUCACUUGGCUGCCUUCGCGUUCGAACCCUGGGUCCAGUCCAUGAGCCUAGACUUCCCACGCUUUCCUCGGCUCACGCACCUGAGCAUCAGCCUCGUCACUGCCCUCACCUCGUGCGACCUAUGGCGCGUGAUCGAAUCCUGUCACGACACCCUCACUACUCUCAUUGUCGAUGCUUCAAUCAUCCCGAGCAGCGCCGCCAGCACACCCAUGCUGACCCUCACCUCACUCCACACCAUCGACCUCACUUCCAACGUAAUCGUCAUUGGAACAUUCAUCAGCGCCCCAAAUAUCGUGUCCGUGUCCCUCCGUGACAUCUCAGACGCCGUCGCCCCGCCGUGCAUUUUCGGGUUGAUCAGGCGACUGGCGUCCGGUAUGGCCACUAAAUCCCUACGGUGUGUCACGCUCGAGCGCGUCUCAUCAUGGGGUGCAUGUCUGGCGGAUGUUGUAUGCACGCAAGCCAUGGCUACCGUGGAGCAUCUGGAAAUCCUCGACAGGCCAACUGCACUUCUCCCACCGAGGCGAUAUGUGCCGUUCAUGAGGGCGAUGCUCUACACCCCUGGGAAACAACCACUGUUCCCCUCCCUCAGAUAUCUCUCACUCCUUUGCGGUGGACACCACAUCGAGGACGGCCUCCAGGAUGCUAUGGACGACUUUCAAGAGUCCAGGAGGGCAGAAAUAGUUGGACAGGUCGCUCACCUCGAGGUUUUCGCCACUAACGUGGAGCGUGAUCGGACCUUUCAUAUGUACGACAGCGAGGACGAGGACGAGGACGACGCAGCCGAAGUAGAAAUAAGCCUCCUUACCAGUCAUUGA